CUGGUUUUUAUGGCAGUGACAUUUCUGGAACCCAGCACCCCCCAAAAGCCACCUCUUUUCAUCCUUUCCCCUGUUUCUUCGUCCUGGCUGUUUGUGUAGUUUUGAGGGGGAAUGCGAGCGUCGUCGUGACGUCACUGCCCGGGGUUUCCACACUCCAGAUCGGUGAGAGCUGGACGGCGUCAUGGCGGAGGCCGGUAAUGUUAGGACGCAUAGCUGAACUGCUUUCAAUCUGCAAUCUUUUGAUCGAAGAAUACUGUGCCCCGAAUACGGAAAAGAAAACUUUAAAGAAAACAAUUUUAUUUUUUCUGAGGGAGGAAUCAAGGAAGCUUGGCUCGCAGUCGGCUCGAAUUUGUUGGAGCAGCUCUCUACGGGAGCUGGCUAGCAGGCUGCUAGCAAAGAAAAUAAAAUUGUUAGCUAGCUAGCUAGCUAGCCUGCGAGAAAAAAGGACCUCAAAAGUCGGAUCUAGACGGGGAGACAGACUGGCAACUUACAGGAGCCAGGUGAUCCACACCGAAUAGGAGACCUUCCGUGUUUGUGACCAUUCAAGAGCGGCCUGGACUGACAGCUUGUUUUUGAAGACGUGAUUUUGGGGAGGCCUGGAGAUGGAUGGGCGUAGCGAGGAGGACAGUGUGAGCAACAGCAGUGCAGAAUCAAGUAACUCUGACGACGAGUCCGGGUCCGGGUCGGGCUCCGGGUCCGGGUCGGGGUCCAGCUCCAGCAGCAGCAGCAGCAGCAGCCAAUCGGGAAGCAGCGACUCGGGGAGCGGGUCGGACUCCGGCAGCCAGUCGGACUCCGACUCGGAGAAGUCCAAGGAGAAGAGCCAGCCGGAGAACAAGCCCGCCAAGAUCGAUGGGGCGGAGUUCUGGAAGUCGAACCCCAGUAUCCUGGCUGUACAGCGGUCGGCCAUGCUCAGGAAACAGCAGCUCCAGCAGCAGCAGCAGCAGCAGCAACAGCCACAGAACCAACAGCAGAGCUCUUCUGACAGUGGCUCAGAUGAGGAUUCGUCCAGCAGCGAUGACUCGGACGAUGACUCCUCCAAUCAGACGAAGAGGAAAAGAAAGCACAAGGGAUCGGACUCGGGGUCUGAUUCCGGUUCCGGGUCCGGUUCUGACUCCAGUUCGGGGUCCGGGUCCGGCUCGGACUCCUCGGACGAAGCUGAGAACUCGGACGAGACCGUCUCUGACUACGAGCCGAGCCACAAAGUCAAGAGCAGGAAGCCCCCUAACAAGGCCAGCGUCCGAAACGGAAAGAAGGGCAAAGCCCAGCGGAAGAAGGCCUCGGGCUCGGGCUCGGGGUCGUCGUCCGACGAGGACGAGUUCGACAAGGCCAAGCUGUCGGGGCCCCGGCGCCAGGCGACCGUCAACGUGAGCUACAAGGAGGACGAGGAGAUGAAGACGGACUCGGACGACCUGGUGGAGGUGUGCGGGGAGGACGUGCCGCAGCCCGAGGAGGACGAGUUCGAGACCCUGGAGAAGGUGAUGGAGAUGAGGACCGGGAGGAGAGGAGCCACGGGGGGCACCACCACGGUGUACGCGGUGGAGGCGGACGGGGACCCCAACGGGAACUUCAACCCGGCCAAGGAGCCGGGCGAGCACCAGUACCUGAUCAAGUGGAAGGGGUGGUCCCACAUCCACAACACCUGGGAGACUGAGGAGACCCUCAAGCUGCAGAACGUCAAGGGCAUGAAGAAGCUGGAGAACUUCAAGAAGAAGGAGCAGGAGAAGAGGAAAUGGAUAAAAGCAGCUUCCCCGGAGGAUGUGGAAUACUACAACUGUCAACAGGAGCUAAUGGAUGACCUGCACUCGCAGUACCAAAUCGUGGAAAGAAUAAUCGCUCAUUCGAACCAGAAGUCCGCAGCGGGUUACCCGGACUACCUGUGCAAGUGGCAGGGCCUGUCCUACUCGGAGUGCAGCUGGGAGGACGGCGCGCUCCUUUCCAGAAAGUUCCAGAGGUGCAUCGACGACUACAUGUGCAGGAACCAGUCCAAGACCAUUCCGUCCCGGGACUGCAAGGUGCUGAAGCAGAGGCCGCGGUUCGUGCCCAUGAAGAAGCACCCGACCUACAUCGGCGGAGAGGGCCUGGAGCUGAGAGACUACCAGCAGGACAGCUUGAACUGGAUGGCCCACUCCUGGUGCAAGGGAAACAGCUGCAUCCUGGCGGACGAAAUGGGCCUGGGCAAGACCAUCCAGACCAUCUGCUUCCUCAGCUACCUGUUCAACGAGCACCAGCUGUACGGGCCCUUCCUGCUGGUGGUGCCCCUGUCCACCCUCACCUCCUGGCAGAGGGAGAUCCAGCUGUGGGCCCCCCAUAUGAACGUGGUGGUGUACCUGGGCGACAUCAGCAGCCGCAGCAUGAUCAGAACGCACGAAUGGAUGCACCCACAGAACAAGCGACUGAAGUUCAACAUACUGCUAACCACGUAUGAAAUCCUGCUCAAAGACAAGUCAUUCCUGGGAAAUGUGAACUGGGCCUUCAUCGGAGUGGACGAGGCCCAUCGGCUGAAGAACGACGACUCCCUCCUGUACAAGACCAUGAUGGAGUUCAAGUCCAACCACCGCCUGCUCAUCACCGGCACGCCGCUGCAGAACUCGCUGAAGGAGCUCUGGUCCCUCCUGCACUUCAUCAUGCCCGAGAAAUUCCACUCCUGGGAGCUGUUUGAGCAGGACCACGGAAAGGGGCGGGACUCGGGCUACACCAGCCUCCACAAGGAGCUGGAGCCCUUCCUCCUGCGCAGGGUGAAGAAGGACGUGGAGAAGUCUCUCCCCGCCAAGGUGGAGCAGAUUCUCAGGGUGGAGAUGAGCGCCAUUCAGAAGCAGUACUACAAGUGGAUCUUGACCCGGAACUACAAGGCCCUGAGCAAAGGCACCAAAGGGAGCACGUCGGGCUUCCUCAACAUCAUGAUGGAGCUGAAGAAGUGCUGCAACCACUGCUACCUCAUCAAGCCGCCCGAAGACAACGAGUUCUACAACAAGGCCGAGGCCCUGCAGCACCUGAUACGCAGCAGCGGGAAGCUGAUCCUGCUGGACAAGCUGCUGCUCCGGCUGAAGGACCGGGGCCACCGCGUGCUCAUCUUCUCCCAGAUGGUCCGCAUGCUGGACAUCCUGGCCGAGUACCUGAAGAGCAGGCAGUUCCUCUUCCAGAGACUGGAUGGCUCUAUAAAAGGAGAGAUGAGGAAACAAGCUUUGGAUCAUUUCAAUGCGGAGAACUCUGAAGAUUUCUGCUUCCUGCUCUCCACGCGCGCCGGGGGUCUGGGGAUCAACCUGGCCUCCGCCGACACCGUCGUAAUCUUCGACUCGGACUGGAACCCGCAGAACGACCUGCAGGCCCAGGCCCGGGCCCACAGGAUCGGGCAGAAGAGACAGGUGAACAUCUACAGGCUGGUGACCAAGGGGUCGGUGGAGGAGGACAUCAUUGAGAGGGCGAAAAAGAAGAUGGUGCUGGACCACCUGGUCAUCCAGCGAAUGGACACGACCGGGAAGACCGUCCUCCACACUGGCUCCGCCCCCUCCAGUUCCACCCCGUUCAACAAGGAGGAGCUGUCUGCCAUCCUCAAGUUUGGUGCCGAAGAGCUGUUCAAAGAGCAAGAAGGAGAGGAGCAGGAACCUCAGGAAAUGGACAUCGAUGAGAUCCUGAAGCGAGCAGAAACCAGGGAGAAUGACCCGGGCCCCUCUACUGUGGGGGAGGAGCUGCUCUCUCAGUUUAAGGUGGCCAACUUCUCCAUGAUGGAGGAGGAGGAGAUGGACAUGGACUCGGACCGUAACCACCGGGGCUGGGAGCACAUCAUCCCGGAGGAGCAGAGGAGGAGGCUGGAGGAGGAGGAGCGGCAGAAGGAGCUGGAGGAGAUCUACCUCCUGCCCCGCAUGAGGAACUGUGCCAAACAGGUGAACUUUAACGGGAACGAGGGCAGGCGGAGCAGGAACCGGCGGUAUUCGGGGUCGGACAGCGACUCCGUCUCCGACCGCAAGCGCCCCAAAAAGCGGGGGCGGCCACGGACCAUCCCGCGCGAGAACAUCAAGGGGUUCAGCGACGCCGAGAUCCGCAGAUUUAUCAAGAGCUAUAAGAAGUUUGGUGGCCCACUGGAAAGGCUGGAUGCGAUCGCUCGCGAUGCGGAGCUGGUGGAUAAGUCUGAGUACGACCUGAAGAGGCUGGCAGAGACGGUGCACAACGGCUGCAUCAAAACGCUGAGAGAGAACCCCUGUGGGCCCGAGAAGACCUCAGGAGGCCGGCGGGGGAAAGUCAAGGGCCCCACUUUCCGGAUUUCGGGGGUCCAGGUGAACGCCAAGCUGGUGAUCUCGCACGAGGAGGAGCUGGCGCCUCUUCACAAGUCCAUUCCUGCUGACCCCGAGGAGAGGAAGCGGUACACCAUCCCGUGCCACUCAAAGGCGGCUCAUUUCGACAUCGACUGGGGGAAGGAGGACGACUCGAACCUGCUGAUAGGAAUCUACGAGUACGGCUACGGAAGCUGGGAGAUGAUCAAGAUGGACCCCGACCUCAACCUCACUCAUAAGCUCCUGCCGGACGACCCUGAUAAGAAGCCUCAGGCCAAGCAGCUGCAGACCCGAGCGGACUACCUCAUUAAGUUAUUGAGCAGGGAUCUGGCCAAGAAGGAGGCGCAGAGACAGGCGGGAACGGCCAACUCCCGCAAGAGGAAACCCAGGAACAAGAAGAACAAGGUGGUGAAGCCGAAGGUGGAGGAGGUGGUGAAGAGCGACUCCUCGCCCACGCCGUCGGAAAAGAGCUCGGAAGAAGAGGAGGAGGAGGAGGAGGAAGAGGAAGAGGAGAAGGAAGAAGAGAAGGAGGUGCUGCCGCUGAAGACCUCCAGCAGGAGGGCCAAGGUGGAGCGGGUGGCCAAGGAGCCGGAGGAGGACCCGGUGCCCGAGGUGGUGCCCAAGAAGGAGCCCGAGGAGAAGGAGAUCAAAGAGAAGGAGAUCAAAAAGGAGGGCAAGAAGGAGAAGAAGGAGGAGGUCCGCGAGACGAAGGAUAAGAAGGAAGCAAAGAAGAAGGAGGAGAAGGAGGCCAAGCCCGUGGAACCUGCCUACAGGAAGGAGGACAUCAAAGAGGAGAAGAUAACCGAGGUGAAGGUGGAGAUCCGGGAGUCGAAGUCGAAAAAGGCGGCGGACACUCCGGUGCACAUCACGGCCAGCGGGGAGACCGUCCCCGCCUCGGAGGAGUCCGAGGAGCUCGACCAGAAGACCUUCAGCGUGUGUAAGGAGCGCAUGCGUCCGGUGAAGGCCGCCCUGAAGCAGCUGGACCGGCCGGAGAAGGGCCUGUCGGAGCGGGAGCAGCUGGAGCACACGCGCCAGUGCCUCAUCAAGAUCGGAGACCACAUCACAGAGUGUCUGAAGGAGUACUCCAACCCCGACCUGAUCAAGCAGUGGAGGAAGAAUCUGUGGAUAUUUGUGUCAAAGUUUACCGAAUUUGACGCCAGGAAGUUGCACAAGCUGUACAAGCACGCGAUUAAGAAACGACAGGAAAACGCUCAGGCAGCGGACCAUAACACUAGUACUGUAAAUACAACCCACAGCUUUAAACACACAGACGUAGAGCGGUUAAAGGACAACUCGCAGCACGACGACAGCAGCAGGGACAGCUACAGCUCCGACAGACACCACUCGUCCCGCUACGCGGAACACGGGAAGGACCGGCACGCCCCCGACCCGUACCGGAAGGGCAGCGACUCGCGAGACUCCCGCAAGAGGCCGUACUCCUCCUUCAGCAACGGCAAGGACCACCGGGAUCGGGACCGGGACCGGGACCGGGAUCGGGAUCACUACCGGUCCGAGAGGCCCGACAGCAGGUAUUACAGCGACAAGCACAGGAAGAUGGACGACCUCCGGUCCAGCCGCGACCACCGGCUGGAGGGCGGCGCGAAGGAGCGCUCGCACGGCGACCGCCGCUCGCACUCCUCCGACCGCCGGUCCGGCUCCGACUACGCGCACCACAAGUCCUCGCGCGACUACCGCUACCACUCGGACUGGCAGAUGGACCACCGGGCGUCGGGCAGCGGCCCGCGCUCGCCCCGGGACCAGCGCUCGCCGUACGAGUCCCGCUCGCCGCCGGGCCACCGCGCGCGGUCGCCGUUCGAGUACUCGUCCGACCACAAGAGCACCCCCGAGCAGGUGUGGUGCGGCCGCAAGACAUAACGGCGGGACCGUGCCGUGGGGGGGGGGCGGGGGGGCCGUCUCCCCCCCCCCGAGCCAUAGACACAUCCCAACCCAGUAAAUUGCCUUAUGGGAACUUGUGAAAGAAAAGCAGUACUACGCACUGUGUAACUCUAGGGGGCGGUGUGGUGUCCUCUCUCCAGUCGGCAAGCUGUGCUGUCCUGUAAAAGGGGGGGGGGGGAGGGGCGUGGCCUAUUUUUUUUUCUUCAAUAUUUAACAGCAGUGCCGCCAAUGGCACAGCGAGUUUUUUUGGGGGGAUUUUUUUCCACCCCCCCCCCUUCCCACCCUUCCCACCCCUCAUUUUUUAUUUUUUAUAAACGGACGACUUUUUUACUCGGACACAAAUGACCUGAAACAGGCGUUGCCUGUGUCUCGCUCCUCUCAACACUGGAUCAUGGCUUUGAUUCUUUUUUUUUCGGUCCACUCCCUACGUGAGUCUCAGUUCUUCAGUUUCAGUUUUUUUUUUUUACGAUAAUGUAGAACGAAAACGCGCACCGUCGCCAGUAAAUCAUGCUUUCGGGUGGACUCAGGCUGUUUGUUUGUGUUCUUCUCUUCGCUCUCUCUCUCUCUCUCUCUCGCUCUCUCUCUCUCUCUCUCUCUCUCUCUUCAAAUGCAACCGGACAGACUUGGGGCGCUCCCUCCAAAGUACCUCGUUUACAGUGUGUAUUGUGACCACCCUGCUGUUUUUCCAUUAUUUUUCUUUUUUCAUUUUUUCAUUUGAGCUUCCCCCCUCUUCCCCGCCGCCGCCCCCCCCCCCCCCCCCCAGCAGCCAGUCUUGUCUGUGAAUUAUUUAAUUUCUGUUUCAGCUGUAAAAUAACCUGGAUUUUCUUUUUUUUGUGAUCAAUUUGGAAAAAAUGUCCCUUUUUUCAUGAAAUGUACUACUGUAAAUUAUUGUAAAAUAGUAAAAUUGAAUGGGCUUUUUUCUUCUCAGGCUUCUGUUUUUGUUUUGACUCGUACCUUGCCCUCGACUCAGGCUUUUUUUGUUUUUUUUCAGUUGUACAAAUAUGUCAGUUAAUAACCGCUAAUCUCGUUUGAAAUCGCUGUGCAGAAUGUAACUCUUGGGGAGGGGAAAUAAUAAUUCCAUUUGUGUUUUGCCUCUUAGGAGCGCGCGCGUUUCGUCUCUCAGCUGUUGUGUGUUUAAUUUGUGUUUCCUUACUCUCCGGUUUAACCUCAACGGUCAACUGUCAACACACGUUUUUGAAAAGGCCGUGGAAGCCUUUGCUUUUUAAUUACGUCACGUCAUGUGAAAUUAGGGCAAGGGCCUCUUCUCACUGAUUAAAAAGGCUCCUCUUAGAUCUCGAAUAAACUAGAACUUUUUUUUUUUAAGGAAUGUCCUUUAUUUUUUCUCUUUUUUUUCCCUCCCAUUCUUUUUAAAUAUAGGCAAUAAUAUCAAAUGUUCUAUGCAGCCAAAAUGUGUUUCUGCUGAACUGUCCUGGAAGUGAUACUGUUACAGUGCACACUGUUGUAUAUAGAGCUCAGCUAUAUUUCAAAUUAAAUUUACACCGAAAAUGCAUGAAUAAUUUUUUUAAAAGAUUGUUUUAUAUAGUUGUUUAUAAAGUCAUUAAACUCAAUCGCUGUACUCCCUUUUAAUCUUGAGUUGUAUACACAAGGCUCAGUGUUUUAAGUCAGAGUAUUUCCAGUUUUGGCAUUGUGGGGUUUGGGGUGGGCAAAAAAAAAAAAAAAAAAAAUUGCUCAUAAAGAAGUCACAAAUUUCCUUUUUUUGUGUUUUGCCAAUGGCUCCAAGAUGUUCUGAACCACUGUAUCAAGUCUCAGGGAACAAAAUGAUUGACAGCAGGGCUGUCCAAUUGGAAGGACAAACCCAUGACUGGUACCCAUGAUGCACCUCUCCCACAGCCCACUCUGAACCACGACGAUUCCAGGCUUGUUCGGAAACCUCGCAAGCCUGUGUUGCGUUUCUACGGCAACCAAAACUGUUCCCCGUUCUCCGCGUGCCUGUGUGAGGCACUCGACGCGGCAUCUCGUGGCGUAAACACGCGCCUUUAUAAAUCCGCGCAGGUUCGAUCCUUUUUUUCCGGUAACUUGUUCGCAGAAGCCGAUGAGAAACCACGGAGAUCAUUUCUUGACCGAUGAACAGUCGUUUUAUACUGACUAACGUGAUUUAAAGUAUUAAUUUUUUCAAUACUUAACCAUGUUGAUGUGCUCCAUGAUAAUUGGGCUGAUGGUGGAUCAUGGAACCCUUUUUUUGGUUUAGAAUUUUUUAUUUUUUUAUUUUCCAGUAAGAGGACUUUAUCACCACAGAAUCAAGGCCUUUUAGUGGCACCUCUUGUUCCAUAUUUGUAAACUGUCAUUUGUCGAUGCAGUCUGUGUUUAUUACUGAGCAAGGUCUUCCGCCGGAAGAUUUUGGAACUUGUAGCUUCUUAACUGUCCAGAUAUUUUACUUAUAAAGCUGAUUGUCUAAACACUUGA